AUGUCCGUGUCGCUCAAUCCAGAUGUCCACCGUGCGCGGGCAUCACCCUCGCCGGGCGACACUGGUGCCAUGGCAGCGCGGCACAAUGAUCUCAACAGCAAGUCCUGGGCGUUUAGAGAGCAUGAGGCAGUGGAGACGAGAAGAAAAUCGGCAGCGGAGCCUUUUCUGAACGCAGGCGGUCCACGGGGUCCUCCGAUCGCGUCCCGUGACGAUCCCAGCCUUACGCUCACAAUGCAUUUCACUCUCGUUUCUGCUGCUCUCGCUGCCACUCUUUACGCGUCUGCAGCCGUCAACGCCGAACAGCACAUCAUCCGUACUUAUAACGGGUGUGGCUACGGAACUCCAUCACUCGUUCAAGGUGGGAACAUCGUCUCUACGGGACAGGAUUAUGUCUCCAACGGUCCCUUUGAAUCUGCAAUUGCGUAUCUGCAGACUGGUGCCUGUGGGCUCAAUGGCGAGCAGUGCACUUUGCUAGAGAUGACUAUUGGUGACCCUAAUGGAGAAGGAGGAGGGGCUUCUGUUGAUAUCAGCCUGAUUCCUCCGCACGAAUUCAAUGUUCAAGCGUCGUUCAGCUACUGGGGAGGAACUAACGGAUGCAACGGCACUGGUGCCAACUGUGCCGAUGCUAAUUGUCCCGAUGCGUUUUUCCAGUCUGAUCAAAAUGCUGUACAGGUUGCUUGUUUGGAGGACAACAUCAAUCUGCUCAUCGCGUACUGCGCCGAUGCUCAAACGCUCAACCCCUAUAGCCUGCCAACGUCGGCCAGUCCUUCCACUUCCCCGUCGUCUGCACCUGCAAGUGAGCCCACCAGCUCUCCUUCGGCGUCCCCUUCAUCUGUCCCGACCUCUCUCAGCGUCCCAGUGCCGUCUAGUACCCCGACAGCCGUCAGUGCUCCGACGAGCGUUGCAACGACUUCUCUGAGCCCCAAUGCGACUUUCUCGGUACCUCCCGUACUGAUUGGUGCGUCAUCGGCUCCCGCUGCGAAUGCGUCGUCUCCGGCAGUCUCUUCGACGCCGUCCGCGAUUCCUUCUCCUACGGAGACGGACGAUUGUGGCGACGAGUCAAGUAUUCCCACCACUUCUCCAACAUCGACCCUACCUGCUACAUCUGCUGCCCCCUCUCCCACCGAGACGGACGAUUGCGGAGAUGAAUCGAGCACUCCUGCGGCUUCACCGUCCUCGACUCCUGUGUUUUCGACGUUGACACCUGCUUCCUCGUCCCCGAUUGCGACUGCCAGUACGAGCCCCAUAUCUUCGAAGAAGGCCAAAAAGCCCAAAUCAUCUUGCCGCCCUCGACCCACUUCAAGUGUACUCGCAUCCAGCUCACCCAUUGUUACUACUGGUGUCCCCAACAGCUUGCCAGUGUCAUCAUCUGCUCCGUCAUCUGCGCCCGUGGUUAGUUCGGCUCCUUCGGCCGCUCCAUCGCCUACCGAGUCUGACGGCUGUGGGGAAGAGUCGGGCGUUCCUUCUGCUUCUCCGUCGUCGACCCCAGCGGUUCCGACGUCUGCGCCUGUCGCUUCUGGCUCACCUUCGUCUGGUGCCCCUUCUACCACUGAAACCGACGGCUGUGAUGAUCCUGAGGAAUCGAGCACUCCUGCUGCUUCACCAUCCUCCACUCCGGCCGUGAGCUCUACUCCUGCUGCUUCGAGUGCGCCAUCUGCAGCUCCAUCUCCUACGGAGACGGAUGGUUGUGAUGAUCCUGAGGAAUCGAGCACUCCUGCCGCGUCCGGCAUGCCUGUUGUGUCGAGCACUCCUGCUGUGUCGAGCACUCCUGCUGUGUCAAGCACUCCUGCUGUAUCGAGCACCCCUGCCGUCUCAAGCGUUCCGGCUGUGUCGAGCACUCCUGCGGCUCCCUCCUCGUCCCCAGCCCCAACGUCUUCUCCAUCGAGCGUAGCUCCCAGUCCGACGACCAGCGCAGAUCCAACCGAGACGUGCGAUGCUACCGAUAUUGCGCGUCGCUCUAUUUGGACGGCUCGUGCUCCCAGGCCGGACUACGACAUGAAAGCGGUGUUUGACUCCCGCCGUCGCCACCAUGCUCGUGCAGCUGCCCACCACGGGAACCACUUCGCUCAUUGA